AUGGCUAAGGCUCAUUAUAUCAUUGUACUAAACAUGAUAAACAACUUGAUUUCAAUGAUACUAAGCAAAUUUACCCCAUGGAAAACCACUUUAAUUUCAUCACUCCCAUAUGAAACCCUACCAGUUGACCUAGCAAGCAAGCUGUGUACAGAUGCCAAUUGCAUCAAAACAGCCUCUUCUGACUUCGGUAAACUUGUUCAAGAAACCCCAUCAGCAGUUUUCUAUCCUUCCACCAAUUCCGACAUCGCCCGCCUCGUUAAAUCCUCCUACGACUCUUCGUCUCCCUUCAAAAUCGCCGCUAGAGGCAAUGGCCACUGUGUCGGAGGACAGGCCAUGGCCAAAGAUGGGGUGGUGGUGGAAAUGUCGUCUUUGAAUGGAAAUGGUAGGAUUAGGGUUUCUUGGAGUGAUUCUCUAGGGUUUUAUGCUGAUGUUGGAGGUGAGCAGCUUUGGAUCGAUGUUUUGAGGACGACAAUGGAGCAGGGGUUGGCUCCUGUCUCGUGGACAGAUUAUUUGUAUCUUACCGUCGGUGGUACACUCUCUAAUGCAGGGAUUAGUGGCCAAGCUUUCCUUCAUGGUCCUCAGAUCACCAAUGUGCAUGAAAUGGAUGUCAUCACAGGAAAAGGGGAUAUCAUGACUUGUUCCAAGAGCUUACACUCCGAGCUCUUCUAUGGUGUUCUUGGAGGUCUUGGUCAAUUUGGAAUCAUAACUAGGGCAAGAAUUGUUCUCCACAAGGCACCAUCAAGAGUGAAAUGGGUUCGAAUGAUAUAUGAAGACUUUGGUAGCUUCACAAAGGAUCAAGAACACUUGAUCUCAAUAAAUAAUGGACCUAAUUAUGUUGAAGGCUCUCUUAUCAUGAAGAAGAAUCUUGCAAACAAUUGGAGAUCUUCAUUUUUCUCAACUCUUGGUGAAUCCAAAGUAAAUUCUUUAGCAUCCAAACAUGGCAUCGUUUAUAGCUUAGAAGUAGUCAAAUAUUAUGACGAAUUCAACAUACAAACUGUCAAUGAGGAACUUGAAGAGAUGUUAAAAGGGUUGAGCUUCAAAAAUGGAUUUAAAUUCGAGAAAGAUGUGUCAUUUGAGGAUUUUCUGAAUAGAGUGAGAAUUGAAGAGCUAAAGCUUCAAUCAAAAGGACUAUGGGAUGUUCCUCAUCCAUGGUUGAAUCUUUUCGUCCCAAAAUCACGUAUUUUGGAUUUUAAUCAACACGUAUUCAUCGAUAUUGUUCAAAAACAAAACAAAAGCUCAGGGCCUUUCCUUGUCUACCCGAUGAAUCGGAAAAAGUGGGAUGGUCAAAUGUCUGCUGUCAUACCAGAUGACAACGAAGAUGUGUUUUACAGCGUAGGUUUAUUGCAUUCUGCUGGAAAGAUAGAUAACUGCAAAAUCAUCGACGAUCAAAACAAAGAGAUUCUAGAAGUGUGUGAUGAAAUGGGUAUUAAAAUCAAGCAAUAUCUUCCAAGAUAUUACAAAACAAAAGAAGAAUGGAUGAAGCAAUUUGGUGGAAAAUGGAAUGUAUUUGAGGAGAGGAAAGCCAAGUAUGAUCCAAAAAUGAUACUGUCUCCUGGCCAAAGAAUUUUCAACUUCAAUUAAUUAGAGUAAUU